UUUCUCCCCUCCCCACUGUAGAAAAACCAAAAGGAAAAAAUGAGAAUUCAAAAUGUUCCAGAAACCCAUCAAGAAAAUCAGAAAGAAAAUCAUCAACACUAACAAGUAGAGCAAGAAAAAUGGCGAGAAAACGAGUUUCCUGCAGCAACAAGAGAAGAAGGAUUUGCAACAACAGUUUUAAGCCUCGGGAGGUAAUUUCAGACAAGCUUGAAGCUUUGAAGAGUUUAAUUCCCUGUAAUGUCGGAAAUGGAAGCAAUGAGGAAGUUAAAGUAGAACAGCUGUUCCAAGAAACUGCAGAUUACAUCAUCACCUUGAAGACCCAAGCUUUCGUUUUGCAAAAGCUUAUUGACUUUUAUGAUCAUAGUGGUAAUGGGUUUAAAAAUGAAGAGCAGCUGCCAAUUGUUCAAGAAGAUCAAUCAUAGUUAUUGAAAAAACAUU